AUGGCUACUGCGCUUGCUCCUCCGUCACAAGACGAGGCAGCUAAAUCCCAAGAUCUUGUGGUUCAGGAUGCCUUGGAUGAUAGUAAAACUGAUCUUGAGCAACCUACAGCCCCUGAUCAAUUUGAUGAGAGAUACCGCACGACCAAAUUGGAGAUUUGGGCUUACUAUGCUUAUUAUAUUGGAAAUAACGGAUUGUCUCUGUUCAAUUUUGCACCCACUGCUUUUCAGAAUCUGCUGUAUCAAGCGGCCGGGGAUGAAGGUGUCCUGAUGUUCGCAGGCAGACUGCGCUCCAUCGAAAGUAUUGUCCUCCUGAGCAACGGAAUUUCAUUCGCCAUCCAGGUUGUUAUCUUCCUGAUCAUCGGUAGUUUCGCCGAUUUUGGGACCUGGAGACCAAACAUCCUCAUCGGAUUGUCAAUUAUUGCGUACGCAAUCGGAUUCGGCUGGCUUGGUGUCCAUACUGAAGAUAAGUGGCACAUUGGGGUUGGAUUGUACAUGGUUGGACUCAUCGCCUACCAGACGACGUUGACAUUCUGGACCGCUGCGUUCCCAGGUCUGGCGCGCAACACAGCUGAAAUGAAGGCGAAAGCCGAUGAGUAUAGGAGUGGAGAUAUCUCGCGUGACGAGUACGAUUUUGCCGACAUGAUGAAGCGGAGCCAGUUGGCCAAUAUUGCGUUCUAUAUCCAAUCGAUCGGCGAGAUCUUUAUCCUGGCUAUCAUUGUCGGGAUCAUGUUUGGCCUGCGUGUUGAUGACAGCGAAGCGAACAAUAACUGGGGGCUCAGCGUGCUCAUUGCAUUUGCUAGCGGCGUCUGGUUACUUAUUUCUUUGCCCUGGUUCUUCAUUGAAAAGAGACGGCCGGGACAGGAUACAAUGGGUCAGAAUAUUAUCCUAGCUGGGUUGAACCAGCUCUAUCAGGCUAUACGACAGGUUUGGAAGCUAAAACAGAGUUUACUAUAUCUUAUUGGAUACUUCCUCCUCGGCGACUCCUUGAAUACAACAGUGACCGUGAUUUCUACCUUGCAAAACAGCAUUGUAGCGUACAACACUCUACAACUGACUUAUUUACUGAUUGUCGGAAUCGCAGCCCAAGCCGUCGGAAUCUACGCAUUCUGGUACCUACAACAGCGGUACAAUCUCUCCCCUAAGACCAUGUUCAACGCCGUCGCAAUCGGCAUCAUCCUUCUUGACGGCUGGGGGAUGAUAGGCAUUUGGACCCAGAAAUUCGGAUUUCAUAAUUCCUGGGAAGUCUGGGUCUACCAAGCCUUCUACGGUCUCUUCGUCUGCCCCUGGUACAGCUACUCCCAGAUCAUGAUCUCAGAAGUCACCCCACGCGGCCACGAAUUCCUCUUCUUCAGUCUCUUCAGCAUCAUUGGGAAAACAUCCUCUUUUAUAGGCCCGCUCGUGUCCAGCGCGAUCAUUGAUGUGUCGCCGAACAACAACUCCUCCACGCCGUUUUACUUUUUGUUUGCCUUGAGUAUCGUCAGUUUUGGCGUUCUGGUGAUUUGGUUGGAUUUGAAGAAGAGUCGGGAGGAGCAGGAGAGGUUUUUGAAGGAUAAGAUGAAUGGGCUGUAGGUUUUUUUCAUUUUUAUUUUUCAUUUAUGUUUUUGUCUUUGCU